AAAAGCACCAAUCUGCACUAACUGUCAUUUUUAUUCAGACAUUUGGAACAACACAAAUAAAUUAUCACUACAUUUAAAACGACAUAAAAAUAUACAAAAAUAUGACUCGUAAAUAUCAAAAAGAAGUAUCAAAGACAAUUAGAAACAAAUUUGUGUUGAUUUGGCACUCGAGCAUCAAUACAUUACCCAUCCCCCAACACUGUCAACCAAGAGUCAAGACUAAACCAAUUCACCUUGGUGGUGUGCAGACUGGUUUAAUAUUAUUCUUAACAAUUUCACACAAACCAGAAAAAAAUGCAACAAUAUGUCUGUGAAACUAUAUAUUCACAGUAUUAUGAAUGAAUUGUGGUUUAUUUGGUAGCAUUUUGUAGUGUAUCUGAUUUUACUAAUUGCAUUAGUACUGUACAAAUUUAGAGGUGCGCUUUUUGAUAGAUUCCCCGGUUCCUCCUAUCUCCGGCUCCCAGUUGGGAGAUCUGAGGUCAACCUACCCCUGCUCCCCUCCCCAUCUCGUGCUUCUGAGUCGGAGACCUUCCCAGGCAGUAGCCUGCCUAGCUCACAAACUAGAAUCAGGGCGCCCACUCCGACAAGGUUAAUUGACCCACAGUCCCACACGGUGACAUGAUAUCAUUGACGUGGCAUGCAAAUGAGCGCUAGAAAACCGAUCGUGUAAAUGUCACCAUUCCCCCAAAAAUGAAUGUGGGAGCCCCGUGCCGCCCCCGGCAAGAUGCCGCCCUGGGCGGCUGCCCAUGUCGCCUAUACCUAAAUCCGCCACUGUGUGCAAGUCUUUAAAAUGGCAUAUUUUUCACUCCCUCAAUGUCAUCUACAAGAAGAUAUGGAGGCAAGUAUGUGGAUGGAUGACUGAUGCCUGCCUUCUAUGUGGGAAUUAUCGGAACCAACUCGAGUGUCCAGGUUGUAUAGCCUAACCCAUGGGGUCAGAGCGGCUGGAGAUGCGCAAGAGACAGAUGCAAAUGCACCAGGAAACCGCGGCCAGUGUCCUCCAAUCACAGCACAGGAUGGGGAACAUGCCCACCAACGCCUCCAAUGCCUGUUGUUUCUGCUGGUGUUGCUGCUGCAGCUGCUCCUGUCUGACUGUUAUGACAGAGGAUGAGAGGAUUCAAAGAAACACCUAUGAGAGGAGGACAGAGGGAAUCGCAAACUAUGAUGACAGCCCCAAGCCUACUCUGGAGGAUGCGACAAUGUGGACCAUGUCGUUUGAGAGGCUGAUGAAGAGCCCCGCAGGGCGGGGCUGCUUCCGACAGUUCCUAAGGACAGAGUUUAGUGAAGAGAACAUGAUGUUCUGGUUGGCCUGCGAAGAGCUCAAAAAGGAGACCAACAAAACUGUGGUGGAGGAGAAAGUACGACAGAUCUAUGAGGGCUUCAUUUCUAUCCUCUCCCCUAAAGAGGUGAGUUUGGACUCACGUGUUCGAGACGUGAUCAACAAGAACAUGCUGGAGCCCACGUCCCACACCUUUGAGGACGCCCAGCAGCAGAUCUACACGCUGAUGCAGAGAGACUCAUACCCACGCUACAUGAACUCUACAGCGUAUGCAGAUUUACUGCAGGACCUGGAAGAACCACCACCUGCCACAGAGCCAUAGACUUUCAUUCUCCAUCAAUCACUCUACACAUUGCUUUUAGAUGACACUUGUGUAUCUUAGGUCCAGCUUUCAGUUACAGUUCACAUGAUGAUUGAUCAAUCUAUUUACAAAAAUGUCUAUCUUAAGGUGUAACUACUGUUUACUACCUUAAAUAUUGGCUUUCCAAAAUCCUCAAAGCGAGCAAGAACAUACGCUGUAUUCCAAUUCAGAUUGCAAGAUGUUUCCAAAUAUAUUUAUAUUUUUAUAUUGCCUAGCACUUGACAUUGCACUUUUCUAUAGUUUUAUGAGGGGAAAGCAUGUUGUAUCUGUUAGCAUUGCAUUUGUGUGUAGUUCUAUUGUCAGACAAAAUAUUUUCAGUUAUUUUUUAUGAAAUCUAAUUUCCCUUAAUAUUAAGAAGACAUGGGAGAGUGCCUUGGCAUGAGAUCGUUUACCACUACAACUUCAACAUACAGUACCAGUCAAAAGUUUGGGAACACCUACUCAUUCCAGGGUUUUUCUUUAUUUUUACUAUUUUCUACAUUGUAGAAUAAUGGUGAAGACAUCAAAACUAUCAAAUAACACAUAUGGAAUCAUGUAGUCACCAAAAAAGUGUUUAACAAAUCAAAAUAUAUUUUCUAUUUGAGAUUCUUCAAAGUAGCCACCCUUUGCCUUGAUAACAGCUUUGUACACUUUUGGCUUUCUCUCAACCAGCUUCAUGGGGUAGUCACCUGGAAUGCAUUUCAAUUAACAGGUGUGUUUUGUUAAAAGUUAACUUAAUGCGUUUGAGACAAUCAGUUGUGUUGUGACAAGGUAGGGUUGGUAUACAGAAGAUAGCCCUAUUUGGUAAAAUACCAAGUCCAUAUUAUGGCAAGAACAGCUCAAAUAAGCAAAGAGAAACAACAGUCCAUCAUUACUUUAAGACAUACGAAAGAACUUUGAAAGUUUCUUCAAGUGCUGUCUCAAAACCAUCAAGUGCUAUGAUGAAACUGGCUCUCAUGAGGACCGCCACAGGAAAGGAAGACCCGGAGGUAUCUCUGCUGCAUAGAAUAAGUUCAUUAGAGUUACCAGCCUCAGAAAUUGCUGCCCAAAUAAAGGCUUCACAGAGUUCAAGUAACAGACCCAUCUCAACAUCAACUGUUCAGAAGACUGCAUGAAUCAGACAUUCAUGGUGUAAUUGCUACAAAGAAACCACUACUAAAGGACACCAAUAAGAAGAAGAGACUUGCUUGGGCCAAGAAAAACAAGCAAUGGACAUUAGACCAGUGGAAAUCUGUCCAUUGGUCUGAUGAGUCCAAAUUUGAGAUUUUUGGUUCCAACCGCUGUGUCUUUGUAAGAUGUAGAGUAGGGGAACAGAUGAUCUCUGCAUGUGUGGUUCCCACCGUGAAGCAUGGAGGAGGUGGUGUGGGGGUGCUUUGCUGGUGACACUGUCUGUGAUUUAUUUAGAAUUCAGGGAACGUUUAACCAGCAUGGCUACCACAGCAUUCUGCAGCGAUACGCCAUCCCAUCUGGUUUGGGCUUAGUGGGACUAUAAUUUGUUUUUCAACAGGACAAUGACCCAAAAUACACCUCCAAGCUGUGUCAGGGCUAUUUGAGCAAGAAGGAAAGUGAUGGAGUGCUGCAUCAGAUGACCUGGCCUCCACAAUCACCCGACCUCAACCCAAUUGAGAUGGUUUGGGAUGAGUUGGACCGCAGAGUGAAGGAAAAGCAGCCAACAAGUGCUCAGCACAUGUGGUAACUCCUUCAAGACUGUUGAAAAAGCAAUCCAGGUGAAGCUGGUUGAGAGAAUGCCAAGAGUGUGCAAAGCUGUCAUCAAGGCAAAGGGUGGUUACUUUGAAGAAUCUAAAAUACAUUUUGAUUUGUUUAACACUUUUGGUUACUACAUGAUUCCAUAUGUGCUAUUUCAUAGUUUUGAUGUAUUCACUACUAUUCUACAAUGUAGAAAAUAGUAAAAAAAUAAAGAAAAAUUUGUAGGUGAAUGAGUAGGUGUGUCCAAACUUUUGACUGGUACUGCAGUUUGAAUAAAAUAUCACAAAAAUGGUGCAGCAGUUGAACACACUUGAUAUUAAAUUGUGGUGCUUUCAGCUCUUCUCAAAGAAUAGUAACUUUUUACGUACAGUGUGAGCUGAUACCCUGAAAAAGAUCUUGCCUGUGAUAUGAAUACUGUGAUGCUAAUUUAGUCCUAUUUCUUUCUCAGUCAAAACAUAAACAGGAACAUACAUGUAUGAAAUAAAUAGUAUGUGACCAUUCAUAUACUGUAUUUGUGUAUUGAAUUAACAGAAAAUGGCUUUCAAUUCUUACAAAUCAAAUAAAGCACAAUAAUUAA